AUGCCAGACUCAGCUGUUGGAGAUCUACUGGGGCUCGCAUCGCCGGACGCGCCGGCGCCGGUUGCGACUGAGGAGAGCGUCAAGCCGGAAAGAAGCGCGACCGUUCGCUACCUAUACCACGAGCCGCAGCUGUCUUCGCUUUGCGGUGUGCAUGCGCUCAACAAUCUGCUGCAGGGUCCAUACUUCGGGGCUGGCGACCUCGGUGAAAUUGCGGCACGCGUCGAGACUCGAGAGCGCGAGAUCCUCCACGACGCGGCGCUGGCAGAGCGCUCCGCCUCGAGUGGCCAUGUGGACGCGAACUUUGGCGACUUCUCGAUCGAAGUGUUGUCGGCGGCCCUCGAGGGUCACGGGCUGCGGCUGCUCAACAUUGCCUCGUCCGAGGUGGUGGUCCAGAUCGCCUCCUCCCCCGAGCACUGA